UCACUUUGGCAUUGACAAAUAACCUAUAUUUGAGGUUAGUAAUAGUAAGUAACAAACCAAAACAAAUUAUAACUUCUAAUAAUUCUAAAACUUUUUACUUCAAAAGGUUAUUGAGAAAAAUUAGACAAUCAUGUCAAAGUCAGUAUCCCGUUUAAAAUCGAUGAAAAAGGUUGCAGAAAAAAUAGAACAUAUAUCCAAACUAAGAACUAAUAUUCCUGCUGGUAUGGCUGCUCCUGGUCCUCCCUUGGGUCCAAUGCUUGGACAGCGCAACAUCAACAUAGCCGCUUUUUGUAAAGACUUCAAUGAACGUACGGCUAAUAUAAAGCCAGGUAUACCAUUGCCAACUAGAGUAAAAGUGAAUGCUGAUCGUUCAUAUGAGCUUGUUAUUCAUCAGCCACCAGCUUCUUACUUUUUAAAGCAAGCUGCUGGGAUAAAUAGAGGUGCUAUGGAACCUGUCAAGGAGACAAGUGGGAAAAUUACACUGAAACAUAUUUAUGAAAUAGCUAAAAUAAAAUCUCAAGACCCAACACUGGAGUGGAAACCUCUGAAGGAAAUCUGUACUAUGUUAUUAGCUACAGCCAGAACAUGCGGAAUUGAAGUUGUUAGAGAUUUAAAUGCAGAGGAAUAUGCAGAAUUCCUUGAAGAAAGAAAGAAGAUUGUAGAGGAACAGAAGAAACAGUUGCAGGAGAAACGGGAAGCAAAGAUGUUGAGAACUGCUUAGAUGACUUAUUUAAAUUAGUGUAAUUUUAGUUGUGAAUAUAGUUAGAGAAAAAAUAA